UUAAUGGCGUUAGUGAUUCUACCAUGAACAAUGCACAUUUUUGAUAAUAUCGCUAAUAGUGUUAACGGUUAUAUAGUGUAAAAUUUUUGUUAUUCAUUUACAGUUUUAUCAUUAGAUAAACACAUGAUAUUUGCCAAAAGAUCAAUAAGGGCGCCCACCAUUAAUACGAGUUACUUCUUCCGGCUGUCCUCUGAUUCCAAAUUUCCAACCAUACCCAAAAUAAACAAAAAAAAAAAAGAAAAAAAAAAAAAACUUUCCAGUUCCAAAAUUGAACUUACAACAUCAUUACUUUAGAUAGUACAAAAAUGGCGGUAUCCUACUGGUUCACGUCAUCACCUCUCCAAAAAUUUCCGUCAUUUUCAUCAUCAUUCCAAACUCAAACUCCAUCUCUUCAACUUCAUCAUCAUCAUCAUCGUAGUCGUAGCAAUUCUACAAGUUUCGUCGCUGAACCAAUUCAUCGUAGAAAUCAUAUUUGUUGUAAGCAACAGUUUCGCCGCCAUAGCCGUGAUCUUCGUGUUCGCUGCAAUCUUGAAACUCCUAUUAAUCUUAGUGGAACCACUGAUUCUACUUCUAUCCAAGUUUACCGCGAUUUUGAGAGAUUAAUUACAGAAACAGUAAAACAAUCACAAGAUGCCUGGGGUGGAGCUAGCAAUUGGAGUGAAGUUGAGGGUGCUUGGGUGCUGGGACCAAAACACUCAAAACCAUGGUCAGUUGUACAUUUUAUUGGUGGUAUAUUUGUUGGAGCUGCUCCACAGCUUGCCUAUCGUUAUUUUCUUGAACGCCUCUGUGAAAAGGGUAUAUUGGUGAUUGCAACACCAUAUGCUAGUGGAUUCGAUCAUUUUUCCAUUGCAGAUGAGGUGCAAUUUAAGUUUGAACGUUGUCGUCGAUCUCUACAGGAAACAGCUGAUGAACUUCCUACUUUUGGCAUUGGGCAUUCACUGGGCUCUGUCCUCCACCUAUUAAUUGGGUCAAGGUAUGCUGUGCAGCGAAAUGGGAAUGUAUUGAUGGCAUUCAACAACAAGGACCCAAGCCAAGCUAUUCCACUGUUUUCACCUGUUUUCCUUCCAAUGACUCAAAGUAUGGGGCCACUUCUAUCACAAAUAGCAUCAUCAGAGACAAUGCGGCUUGGAGCAGAGACAACUUUGAAGCAGUUGGAGAACCUUAGCCCCCCUAUCAUGAAGCAGGUUCUUCCCUUGAUUGAGCAACUUCCACCCUUGUACAUGGACUUGGCUAAAGGAAGAGAAAAUUUCAGUCCAAAACCUGAAGAAACUCGACGCCUUAUUAAAACGUACUAUGGCAUUAGCAGGAAUCUUUUAAUAAAGUUUAAAGAUGAUAUUAUAGACGAGACGUCAACACUGGCGCAAGUAUUGAGUGUUGAUUCUGCUAUUAGUUCUGAGCUGGAUAUGUCCAUUCGUGCAGUGCCGGGCGACCAUGGUACACCUUUGCAGCAGGCUCUCCCUGAUGUUCCUCCUGCAAUGGCUGAUGCAGUUAAUCGUGGAAGUGAGCUUUUGUCAAAUUUGAUUGCAGGGACUCCAUGGGAGACGGUGGCUAAGGAUGUCAGCACUUCACUGGGAAUGGACUCUCAGAUUCUUCGUGCAGAAACCUCCAAGGACAUGGAGCACCUUAUUGAUGUGCUCAGUUCUUGGAUGGCUUCCAAUAUUGGCCCAAAGCUUUUGAGGUGAUGCCAUGUAUAGGAUGCUAGCGAGUGAUGGGCAUUAGAUAUUUUACGAAGGGCCGCAGUUAAGAUGUAAUUGUUGUAAAGAUAAAUCUUUUAGUGCAUUACAUUAAAUUGGUACGAGGUUUGAGUACCUUUAUAUCUGGCUGAUUAGUAUGUUAAUAUCUAUGUAAUUAUUUCAAAUACUACUUCAAAGCUCUAAAAAAACACAAACUCUUAUAUUUGGCUAGACACAUGGUGUGGCCAAUGUUGAA